AUGCUUGCACUGAUGGGAAAUGUCAGUAAAUUUACCCUUGAAAAAGCACUGGGUGAGCUUGGAGGACGGCGAAAAUCUGGAGGAUAUCAACUAUGGAAAAAGUACAGUAAGGAGAUUGAUAACCAUCCAAAUCCCGACAACGGAGAUGAAGAAGAAGACAUGUUUCCUCUGAAUCCUACCGAACUAGCUGAAGCUCAAGUUUUGUACGAUGAGGUUGUAAAUAAAGCAAAGGUGGCAAAAGAAUUCGCCAAGGCUUCCGCUGGCAUACCUCAAGGCCCCAGCUUGCCAGAUUACAAUUGUCAAUCUCUCAAAUGCAUAGAGCGUCUUUAUACUGAGUUAGAAAUCGAAUCCAACAAUAUGAAUUUCUCGUAUUAUCUCCUGGCUUGUAGCACUUAUGCUUCAAGUGAGAGUUCUAACGCCACCCCAGGGUGGUGCCGAGAGUACACCACCCACGAGGAAAUGGCAAUCUAUGUCAAUAAGAAAGCCAAUUUCUCAACGGUAUUUGGAGCAAGAGCUCAAGGACUUUCGGUUUCGGAGGUAGUAGCUCAAACUAUCGGAGGAAACGUUAUGUUGUCCAGCGAAAACGCUCGAAAAACCGACCCGGGUGAUAAAGUUAAGAGCGAGCUUGCCGGUUUGCUACGAGGCUUUUUCAGUAAGGUAACCGGGAAGGAACAAGGAUUCCCUCGUUGUCCCGACCCAGAAUCCGUCUUACUUGAAACUUACAACAUCAAAAUUAUCCAAUUGCCAGGUUCUACCCUUCCAAAAGCCGUUUUGAAGCUAGGUUUUAAUGGAAUGAACAGCCGUAGGAGUCUGUGGCUCAGUGAUGUUCAGAAGAACCUAUUCAGAUUGCAAAAGGUAUCAGCUAGCUCUGAUGUUGCGGAAUCAGACAGCGGAGGUAUUGAGAUGAAUGAAGAAGCUGAUGCAAAAGUUACGAUGACACAGGAUAAUCAUGGCGAUCUUGGAAAUGAUAUGAUGGAGACUUUGGAGGGGGAGGAGGAGGAGGAGUGGAAUGGCUUCGGUGAUAUUGAGGUGGACGAAUGA